UUUAGUUACAGUUUAAUUUUAAAAAGUGACAUUAUUUCUAGAAUAUUGUACAUAUAUGAAAAUAGCAAAUAAAAUAAAGUCCUAUGCUUAGUAAGACAAUAUCUUUAAAAAUAUGUUUUGUUUAGUUGUUCUUCUGAGAAAUUGGAAUAAUCCAUAAGGUUGUGAAGAAUUUACUUAUGUCUUUUAUCAAAAUUAGAAAAGAAAACAAGUUAAGAUAAAUGCAUUAUUAGGAUACACCUUCUAUAAUAGGGACAAUAUCUUUUUCACUUACAGGUUGUUACGUAUUUUUUUCUGAUUUUUCUUUCAUAUAAUACAUAUUUGAUUUAUUUGGAAUAUUUUAUCUUUUCAUCAAAAAAUGCAAUAUCCUUUAAAAUUAACUCAUUCCACUUGUUACAAGUACAUAUUAAUUAAAAUCCUAACCAAUCAAUUAACAUUGCACUUAUCUUCCCAUUGAUCUAUCAAAAUACAAUGAAUUUAAUCAAUUAUCACCUUAAAUUCUAUAUCAAUUAUCACCUAUAAUUGAAUAAGGAAGGUCUUUUAUCUUAUUCAAAUCUUAUCAGUGCAUCAUCUUUGAUCUUGUAUUGUAUUAUCACAUAACACCAAAAAGUGUGUCCCUACAUGUGUUAUUCUAAUUAUCACUUUUUUAUUUGCAUCUUUCUUUAAUCAUUUCAAUCUGUUGAGGGGUAUAAAUAUUUGGACUUUGUUUCAAAACAUUGUCACUUUCAGAUAUUCUCCAAAGUUAAAACUACCAACAAGUGCUAAAAUAAAAUUUCUAACAAUGGCUUUACAACUAGAUAACCUUCUUGCUGUCAGGAACAAGGCAGAACAACAACUAGAUGUUCUUAAUGACAGAGUAACCAGUCUAAGCCAGAAGAUAUUUUUAGCUUCAAACCAGUCUGAUAAUCUAUGGCUGCUUCUACAACUAUCAGUUACCGAAGGAGUCCAGGACAUGUAUACACACUUCUACAAUUUAACCAAACAACAGGUCCUACAGAAAUCUCCAGAAGAAGCAGACGUCACAAUACAUGAGGCUGGUUCUACAAGAUCUUCAACAAGAAUCAACACAAAGACUGACAAAGCUGCUGUUAUUUUGACAAGUGCUUUCUGCAAGUUCUACAGAGCCUCGUAGACUGAGCUUUAAAAUGAGAAAACUUUGCAUAUGAUAGUUUAAUACAAAGAUAUUGUUAAUACUGAUGUGCUUCAAUCUUAAGUGCCUUUUUAUAAAUGUUAAAAAUUGUUUUUAUCUUAAAGAUAUGGUUUUAAUAAAAACAGCAGAAAAGAUAAACAUGUUUUUUGUGUCUUUCAAAUGUCUGAUUUUGAUGUAAUAUGCGUACCAGAGAACAUGUCUAUCC